AUGGAUUUAAUGGAUCUUAUUUUCCUGUUGUUGCUCUUUGUCCUUACAAUGGCAUUCUUUCUGAAAAGGGGCAGUUUCUGGAACGCCAGCAGACGAGAUCUUCCCCCAGGACCGAGGCCGUGGCCCCUCAUUGGAAAUCUCCUCCUUCUAGACGUGAAGAGGCCUUACAGAACCAUGUCCGAGUUAUCCAAGCGGUAUGGUCCUGUCUUCAGCUUCCAGCUGGGAUUCCAGAAAAUAGUCGUACUGACCGGCUACGAGACUGUAAAGGAAGCGUUGGUGAACCAGGCAGAUGCCUUUGCGGAGAGGGCUGAGGUCCCAAUCUUUGAAAACGUUUCAGAAGGCUAUGGAGUUACUUUUUCUCAUGGUGAGAACUGGAAGGUGAUGCGGCGGUUUAUGCUAGCCACGUUGCGUGACUAUGGAAUGGGGAAGAGGACCAUUGAGGACAAGAUUGUUGAAGAAUGCCAUUUUCUAAUACAGAAAUUUGAAUCUUACCGAGGAAAACCCUUUGAGAACAACGUAAUCAUGAAUGCUGCUGUUGCCAAUAUUAUAGUGUCCAUAUUACUUGGCAAGCGAUUUGAAUACGAAGAUCCUACUUUCGUAAGCCUACUGAACUUGAUCAAUGAAAAUGUCCGGCUUGCUGGAAGUCCCUCAGUCACGCUGUACAACAUGUUUCCUGCUCUGGGUUUUCUCUUUGGUGCUCGCAAGACUGUCCUUGACAACAGGGAUGAAUUGCACGCCUUCAUCCAGGCCUCCUUCAUAGAACACCUCAAAGAACUGGAUGAGAAUGACCAAAGGAGCUUUAUUGAUGCUUUUCUAAUCCGACAGCAAGAGGAGAAGGACAAGAACAAUAUUAAUGAAUUUUUCCAUAAUGAAAAUCUAAAGUCUGCUGUGAGUGAUUUAUUUGCUGCUGGCACGGAGACCACUUCGACUACUUUGCGUUGGGCCCUGUUGCUGAUGAUGAAGUACCCUGAAAUUCAGAAUAAGGUCCAGGAAGAAAUUGCAGUGGUGAUCGGGUCUGCUCAGCCUCAGAUUGAACACCGAUCAAAACUGCCCUAUACAGAUGCGGUAAUCCAUGAAGUUCAGAGGUUUGGUGAUAUUGUUCCUACAAACCUGCCACACGCCACCACUGAGGAUGUCAUUCUGAAAGGAUAUUUCAUUCCGAAGGGGACGCAUGUCAUCCCAUUACUGUACUCUGUGCUAUAUGAUGAAUCUCAGUGGGAAAGACCGCUUCAGUUCUACCCUGAGCACUUCCUUGAUUCCGAAGGAAAGUUUGUAAAGAGAGAUGCCUUCAUGCCUUUCUCCGCAGGUCGGCGAAUGUGUGUGGGUGAGACCCUUGCCAAAAUGGAGCUCUUCCUCUUCUUUGCGAGUCUCCUGCAGAGAUUCACUUUCCAGCCAGCCCCUGGGACAUCUAAAGAAGAUCUGGACCUCACCCCUGCAGUUGGGUUUACUACGCCUCCGAUGACCUACAGUUUCUGUGCUUUGCCACGUUCUUAACAUCCA